AGAAAAGAUGGCGGAGCAUACCUUACACCACAAUAAUUAUUUUACAAGAGACGUUGAGAAAAACGACGGAUCUGUCUUGAAAAUCAAACAGUGCUUUAAAGGAGACGUCGGUUGUGUGGUGUGGGAUGCAGCAAUUGUCCUGUCAAAAUAUUUAGAAACUAAACCGUUGUAUGACCCUUGCUCGGGCGUGAACAUGUGGGCUAGCAAAAACAUUCUAGAGUUAGGAGCAGGAACAGGAGUAGUGGGCCUUAUGGCAGCAUCUUUGGGAGCUCAGGUUACUGUGACAGACCUCGAGGACCUGCAGUCUCUACUCCAAGUCAAUAUCCAAGACAACCAGGAACUUGUCAGCAGUGGAUCCAUCGAAGCCAAGGUACUGAAAUGGGGUGAAAAUGUGUCAGAGUUUCUACCACACCCACAUUUUAUCCUGAUGGCGGACUGCAUUUAUUAUGAACAGUCCGUGAAGCCACUGGUGGAAACCCUGAAGCACCUGGUUGGACCAGAGACCACCAUCAUAUGCUGCUAUGAGCAACGCACAGUGGGUGUCAACCCCAAAGUGGAGAAACAAUUUUUUGAGUUGCUUCUACAAGACUUCCAGUCUGAGGAGAUCCCUUUGAACAAGCAGGACCCAGAGUAUAACAGUCCUGAUAUCCGCAUCCUUCACAUUCGCAGAGCUGUCUGAGUGAAUGAGUGAGUGUCGUGUAUAUGUGGUUGUCAGGGUUGUGGUAUACAAAUGAUUGAAUUGCACUCAUGUACAGUUCACAUGGGAAUUUAAAUGGAAUGGACCCCAGGGGAGAGCACUAAUGUUGAAAGAACUCAUUUGAAAAUCCUUUAUCGAUAUAUCCAUGUUGUCACAGUACGGACUAUGAGUUUUGCCAGACUGUGAUACUCAUUGCACCAUGAUUCUAAAACAAAUCCCAGUUAAUUAGAGGUAGACUCCACGAUAUGACAAAGUAAACAGCAUAGUGCAUCAAUUUCCGCAGCAGCGAAGAGUGUUGAAGCGUGAGGCUAAACUUCUCAGCUGUUUUGGUCCCGUACAGCGAGACGCAAACUCAUAUACACGUGCAGAUACUGUGUGUGACUGUGGGAGCGAAGUCUUGCAUCUCGCUUAUCGCAAUAUAUGUGGUGCUGAACGUGGCAACGUCAUUUCGCUGGGUCUACCUUUGAAAAGGAAAAGAAAACAUUCUCCUUCAGAACAUGUUUUUCUCAUUGCAGUAUUUAACUGUUGGAACACAUUUGUGGGAUGAUUAAGUUAAUUUUUAAUAAAAGUUCAUGAAAUAUAAUUUUAGCUAAUUAAAGUAUGUCAAAUACACUGACUAUA